AUGGCCAGUCCAGUCCAGCGACACCAAUAUUCACCUACUCAAUACGCAACUCGCGAAAGCUUCUCUCAGGUCCCACAAGGCGUGCCACCAGGCCAUGCACCUAGUCAUUAUCCUCCGACUCAGCAACAACACCCACAAGGCGCUAUCCCACAGGCGCAGCAAUAUCUGAAUCAGCGUCCUCCCUCAGCUAGUCAUUCUGCCCACUCUACUCCGACUCCAACAUCCACUCAACCACAUCAUCCUUACAGUUCUUUUGUUCAAGGUAGUCCUGUCACAGCUUCGCGCCCACCGCCUGCCGAACACAAUCGCCAACCUUCACAACCACCCACUCCUGUCGGUCCUCCUCUGUCUGCCGGAUCUCGACAAGCAUCUGUUACAGGUGGUUUUGCACAGCCUUCGAGUCCUUACCAACAAAGACUUUCCUACACUGGGGCCCCCAUACCGCAAGCACAGGCACAGGUACAAGCACAAGUACAGAGCUCACCUCCGCCUCCGCUUCACGCGAAGCGCAUAUCUAGUAGCUACGGUUCGCCUGCCCCCGACGUACACCGACGAUCCCAAUCGCACAGUGAGCGAGCUCCAAGCCCAUCCGUUAGUCCCAAAUCUCGAGUCCCGUCGAUUCAAAGUAACCACGAUCCACUUGCUGCAUCGGCGGCAGCAGACGCCAAAGUCAAACUAGCUCAAUCGGCUCCCAUACCCCAACCCGCCCAGCCAAUGGCCAUUGACACAGAACGCGCUGCAACUCCUGCCAAGCGCAAGCUUGAGGAUCGCGACAGUCCCAGACAAGAACCAGAUGAGAAACGAAUGAGGCCCAGCGAGAUUAACGGCGGCGCUGCUGUGAAGCGCGAAUCUGAGUCGGCUUCUUCCAGUGUACCAGCAGCUGGGGCAAUCAAAAAGCGAAGACGCUACUCACAACCGCCUAUCUGGGCACAAGAUGCUCGAAAAAUGAACGGCAUGCCUACGAAUGCGAACUUUGUGCUACAAAAGAGAGUCCAUUCACAUCUUAAUGGAAAGAAGGAGAACGCCCGCCCCAGUCGCCAUGCCUCGCCAGAGACGAACCGGGGCAACCCUCCUCACGUUCCCGCCGCUGAACCAGGUCCCGCAGAGAUCCUCGGACCUUGGGAACCGAGUCUUACUGGCCUCAAACCUUUUGAGGACGUAUCAAGACAAGUGGCUGAUUUCCUCUUUCUCAAUGUUAUCAACACCCCAGAUAUGAGGGAAAUCAGUAGUCGCGGGAUCCAGUUUGAAAUUGAAGCGAAAUUGGGCACUCUCAUCGACAGAGAUACCAAUCAACGAGUUGAUCGAGGUAUUGCGUCUGAAUGCAUCUUGAUGGACAACAGUCGUGUAGCUUUUAAGAGUAGCAUGACGGAAGGCUCACACAAGAAGAUGAACGACUACCUAAACGAACUGGUCAAGAUCACACAUCCCAUGAAUCCAGCAGGCAGCCAACGUGUACCCAUCGUUGCUCUGCACCGGAGAGAGAGAGACCGGUUUUUCGAGAUUCCGCCAGAUCUACAAGCAAGAAUACCUGGAUGUGUCCAAAGCCGACUGGGAUUGCGAAGAGCAGUCCGCGUGCGAGUCACAUACAACCAAAAGGACAACAAGGUUAUUGCCAAGAUCAUCAAGGCGCGUGUAGCUGACCUUGAUAUCCACUUCCCGAUUUUACCAAUGGAUUGUCGAAUCAGUAUCAACCUCGAAAUGAACUGGGAUGGCUCGGUGGAAGAACUGGAGCAGCUUCCAAAUCGUGAUCGUGGGGAAAACCCUGAGCGAAACAAGGACAGACUCAGUUACACACACGGGCCCUACCAGGUUGACCUCACGCAGGUCAUACAAGAUCGCCACGGAGUAAAAGAGAAGGAGCAUGAACUUGAGAUUGAACUCGACUCGAAGCUUCUAAUCGAACAAGGGAGCAAGGCAGCGAGCUCAAGACCUCACCGCUAUCAAGAACUUGUGGAAGGAUUUGUGGACAACAUACGACUUCUUACACGUAACGUGGCACACUGAACGGCAAUAGACCAUUUUAAUUACCGGCGAUAAUGUUGGCUAAAAGGACGGGGUUG